AUGACAAACCCCUACCAACAACAUGACGCCGGGUCAAACAUCGACCCUCUAGCUUCCGGCCGACUACCACCCCUCAGCGGCCGCCGGCCAUCCUAUGCUUCCGUCGUUUCCGGGAGUCCUUCGUCCCUAGCUCGUCCCACCCGCUCGGGUGCCUUUUCCCACCUCCUCAACCCCUCGCCCGAUUCCGAACAACAAGAAGGCCAGUCCAGCGACCCCCGCUUCGAGCCCGGCAUGUCAUACACACACGAUGGGGGCCUCGGCGGCGAGGACCUGUCCGCCAGGGACGACCCAGACGAGGGUAUCGGCGGCGGUUUCUGGCCACCACGCCUGGGGGCAACCUUCCCAUACUUCUCCCGCGCCUUCGACCUCUACGUGGGCAAGGACCCGCUUCUCGCUAGCGAUCCUACCGGGGCCGACGAUGCCCGUUUUCCGUCCACCACUCCGAUCCCCAAUGUCAGCACCACCGGCUUCCUUUCGCCGUCAUACCUGCGGGGGACAAUUUACCUACAGAAGCUAGAAGAGCAACACAGAGCAAGAGUUCUUGCAGAGCGCGAGGGCACCAGCUCCAACGGGGCACCGCCGCCUCCAUCAUCCCUGGGCUCGCGGCUAUCGACUAAUGGGAGCUCGUCACACCUACCUACGGUCGGGAUGAAGGCAACUGGCACUGCCCAUAGGGGGGUGGCGUACGAUAUUGUCGAGAAACCCCCAUUUCCAGCCAACGAGGACGACACGGCCAGCCCGCUGCCGUCGAAAUGGAAUAAGGACGAUAAGGAAGCGGCGCUGGAGGUCCUGGGCGACGGGUACGAAGUCAGGCAUACGGGGAGGGCGUCGAGCGACCACGAGGCGAGCGCCAUCCGGGCGGACCACUACAUGUCGCCGGCGUGCGGGGUGUAUUACUUUGAAAUCACAGUGCUCAAUGGCAGGCACGAUAAGAUUAAGACUCCACCGAUCGCCAUUGGUUUCGCGAGUAAAGGGACCUCGACAUCCCGGGCGCCUGGCUGGGAGCCGGACUCCUGGGGCUACCACGGCGAUGACGGCCACUCGUUUGCGUCUCAAAACGUAGGGAAACCGUACGCCGACGUAUUCGGCGUAGGCGACACAGUCGGCUGUCUGGUCAACUUUCGGCUCAAUCAGGCGUUGUUCACAAAGAAUGGCCGAGAAUUACCCAUUGCUUUCAAGGAUAUGGGCUUUAAGGAUCUCAAGGGAAAGCUCUAUCCCAUCGUCGGCCUCAAGAAGAAGGAGGACCACAUCAUGGCCAACUUUGGCCAGAGACCGUUUAUGUUUGAUAUUGACGGCUACAUGAAGAGGCAACAAGGAAUGAUUGAAGAGGAAAUACGCCUCGCUGACACGUCCAAACUCGUGCCCGGCCUGUCGGAGACAGACGUCAUCCAGCAGCUGGUCCUCCAGUUCCUGCAACAUGACGGCUACGUCGAGACAGCGCGCGCCUUUGCCGAGGAACUGCACGCCGAAAAGACGGCUCUCCAGCUAGACCCGCAGGAACCCGUCAAGGGCAUCAGCAUCCGCGAUGACGAGGACGCCCACAACCGACAGCGCAUCCGCCGCGCCGUGCUCGAGGGCGACAUUGACCACGCCAUGAAAUACACAGACGCCUACUACCCAGCUGUCCUCCGCGACAACGAGCAAGUCUACUUCCGACUGCGCUGCCGCAAGUUCAUCGAGAUGAUCCGCAAGGAGGCCGAACAUAACAUAAUGCUCGAGGAGCGCGGAGGCAGCCACACCAACGGCAGGGGGCCAACGUCUGGCGAUAACGACGACGAAGAGAUGCUGGAGGCUGAGCCGGGCAACAGCAACGGGUUCAACGGCGCGGCCACCGCCACUAACGGUGACGGUGAUCUGGACAUGGCCAUGGCGGAAGCAGGAGAGGGCGGCGGCAACGGCAGCGAUCCGGCCGCGGGACUCAGCAAAUUGUCGCAGGAGGCGCUGCUGUACGGCGUCGAGCUGCAGGCCGAGUUCGCGGGCGACUCCCGCCGGGAAACGGUCAAGCAGCUCGACGACAUCUCGUCGCUGUUUGCCUACCCGAACCCGCUCAAGGUCAAGGAAGUGGCCCAUCUCCUCGACGGCAGCGGCCGCGUCGCCGUGGCCGAGGAGCUGAAUAGCGCUAUCCUGAUGUCCCUCGGCAAAUCGUCGCGUGCGGCGCUCGAGAAUGUUUACGCCCAGACUUGCGUGUUGCUGGAGAGCCUUAGGAAGGACGGCGGCGACGGCGCCUUUGUCACCGUCGGCAGCGUGGUCAGAGAUAUUCCCCCGUCGAGACUGCGCUAGGCUUUUGCUAGAGGGGUGUGUGCAUGGGUCCGCGGUGGGGCGCCGUGCUAGAUUGGGGGUGGUUGGAGGUGGAUGAGGCGUGGGUUGGGCUGGUUUGCGGGGGCUGGAUGCGCCGCUCUGGUUCCG